AUGUCUACAAUAUUCAAAAGUCCCGGAGAGAAAGCUCAUUGUGAAUUAUAUGAAAGAACGUUGUCAAAACUACCUUACUAUAACAACUUAGAAAACAAAAGCUUACUAGAAGUCGGCUGCGGGCUUGGUGGAGGCCUCAAGUGGAUUCAAAAGUAAGCCAACGUAGAUAUUUUACCAUCUAAAACUUUAGCUUUUAAAAUACGGUUUUAGAAUCCACUCAGAAAUCGGAAGUGUCCUAGGAAUAGACAAGUGUGCUCCAUCAACCAUGAAUCCACUUAUUGUCCAAGUAAUCUGUUCUUUUUCUUAACUACCUUAAUAUUUUUUGCCGAUCUUUGCAGAACUCAUUUAAAACCUUUCCAGGGUGAUGCCGAAGACCUACCGGUAAAAUCAAACACAUUUGAUAUUGUUUUGAACAUUGAAAGCAGUCAUUUGUACGGUAAUCCAGAAUCCUUCUUCUCUGAAGCGUUUCGAGCUUUGAAACCCGGAGGACAUUUAUGUUGGGCUGAUCUACGAAGAAUACAUAAGGUAACAUAUAAGAAUAAUAAUAUACGAUAAGUCAAAGCCUAGCCAAAAAACUAAUAAUUGGAUGACGGUUAAUAUAAAAAGACUAAAAUGUCUAACCAAAAUCUGAAUUCCCAAGUUUAUCAACUACUUUUAUUAGAAAGACGAGCCAAUACAACAUGCACAAAAAGCAGGCUUCAAACUGGUCGAAUUGCAAAUAAUAAACCAGCAAAUACUAAACGGAAUUCAACUCACAUCAACCGAAUACGACAAGAUCCUAGAUAAGGUAAUUUUAAUUAUUAUAAAAUUCAAAACUACUUUAGGCCCCAAUAUUCAUUCAACCAUUCAAAAACGCUAUCAGAGCAACCUAUUGUGCUCCAGGCACAGAGUUCUACCGAAAACUAAAGGAAUACGAGACAAUUUACUGGAUAUGCUUGUGGAAAAAACCGGAAAGCGACGAAUAA